AUUUGGGAGUGUAUGGCCCACCAAACUGGGCUUCAAUACAUGCGUUCGGUUAUUGUUUCAGCUGAUUUUGUUUAUUGUAUAAAAUUAGUGAUCCUUUUUUCACUGUGAUGACCAAAAACCCUCUAUGAAUUUCUGAAUUCUAAGUAAUACCUUUUCGCCCUAAAGAGCGGAGCGGUAAAUGAAAAUUUCCAAAGGACAUUUCCCUCCCAAAUUUUGUAGGGAGUUCAUCCGCACUCCAUUAAAUUGGGUCAUCCGUGUCACCGUGACUGUACUUCUUCAUUGUGACGGGAUAACUGGUAAUUUGGAAUAUCUUUGGGAGAUUGUCGUCGACGAAGGUAGUAUGUCUGGUUCGCAACGUCCAGUUGGUUAUAGUCAGGGUGGUGGCUCCGUUCAAGGUGGUUUAAUCUUCAGUUACCCUGUAUUGCUAAUCUGUUAAUUUAAGUCCCUUUGAAGCGUAUAUUUGUGUGUGUUUCCUUGUUCUGCCUCAGGCAAGCAAUGACUCUACACCUCGGAAGUUUCGUAAGGGAGAUCGGUCUCGUCGUCUAUGGUUUGUAAUGGCUGCUACGUUGCUGGAUCUUGUGGCCCGGGGUUGGAAAUCCGAUAAUGGAUUUCGUUUGGGUUAUCUUCAGAAGAUAGAAGCCAGCAUCCGCAAGGAGUUUUCCAAUGCUGGUGUCAAGGCGACUCCACAUAUUACAUCCAGAAUGAGCGCAUGGAAAAAAAACUACAACAGCCUUCGAAACAUUAUGGCACGAACUGGGGUUGGAUACAAUGCCCAUGGCGAUCACAAGAUUGACAUAGACGACGAUCAAUGGGCACAGGUGGAUAAGAACACCAAGUUUAUGCCUUAUAAGUCCUGGCCACUCUGGGAGGUUUGGAAAAGCAUAUUCGGGAAAGAUCGUGCGACUGGCAGAACUGCUGAAGACCUUGACGACGCCGCUGAUGAGGUUCGUGCCCAAAUGGCUGGGGGGCUUCAUGCCCAUGACAACGACUACCAUUCCUGUAACACCCCUUACCUGAUUAAUUUAAUAAUCGAAUAAGUGAUGUCACCUUUUGGUAAAAAUCCCGACUUAACAGAAAAUCCUUGAUUCUUUUUUUUUAUAUACAAAGAUAUAUCAUUUUCCUUUA